CCUCCCCAUAGUUUGUUUGGAUCUUUUGAAGGGACCAGGCUGGUUGUUUUGUAGAACUGUCCCACAUUCUGGAUUUAUCUGAUUUUUUCUUCGUGGUGCUGUUUAGCUUGUUCUUCUGUUAUCUCAAUGUCCUAUAAACUAGAAGUUAGGCCAAACAGCUUGAUGAGGUUCAGGUUAAACAUUUUUGGCAAGAACACUUGAGAGGUGAUGCUGGGUGCCCCAUCUCACAAGGCACACACUGUUGGAGUGUCUCCUGAUUAGUGAUGCUAAGUCUGGCCACGGGGUUAAGGUGGUGGCUACCAGAUCUCUCUAUUGUAAGUUGGAUCCUCCCUUUUGCAAUGAUCACUUACUUUGUAAAGUGAUGCCUAGGCUGUGUGCACAUGACACAUUUUCCUGUUAUCCUUUUCACUGCCCCGUUCUGAUACCCAGUUUUGAUUCUUGCCUCUUGUAUCAGUUGGGCUUUGUGGGAGCUCUGAUAUUUGUAUUUUUAACAAGCUCCAAGUGACUCUGAUGUUUAGAUAGAUUCUAAUCAGGAUCCUUUGUUGACACAGAAAAUACCUCAAAGUAGCUCAAGGUUAAAAGGGGGUCAUUAGCAAGACACAGGGGGCUCUCCUGGAGCCUAGCUACAGGAUGUACAGCUGGCUUAAUAUUGUGAAAAUUGUGAAAGUCAUACAGGAGCUCCUCUCUUGAACCUUUUUCUCUGCCUCCUUCUGCACAUUUGCUACUUCAUUCUCUUAGUCGAAUGCCUUCAUUAAGGCUCUUAAUUUCUGCUUCCCCAUAGUGGGUUCAUGCAGGGCUCCAGGCAGUCUCCAAGUCUCUUAUCUGUCUGGGUGACAUAACUCAAAUUCCGUCUGCAGAGAAUCUGGCUUAACUCAGGAAGCUGUCCAUCAGCAGUGGCUUGUGGAGCAGAGACAUUCACAUUCCAGCAGGGGCUGGGAGAGCUUAGGGGAGGGCAAAGGGUAGGAGGUGCUGGUGGUAGCAUGGCUAAGACUCCUUAACUCCACUGGGUUACUAAUCCCAGGGGCUCUGUGACUUUCUAGGUACUGAUACAGGCCAACGGAGCCAGACUCCUUAGAGGACAGAGGUGGGCUUCCUGUUUCUUAGCCCAGAAAUUAAUUCCAUCCAUCUUUGCCCUGAUUCCUUCUGGGCCUACAAUUCCAGCAUCACUGUCUGAACAGGCUCAUCUCCUCUUCUUUCCCACAGCCUGCCGUGGAGGUACCCCAGUAUGUGGGUAUCCGGCUCCUAGUAGAGGGCUCCACCAUCAAGAAGCCCCUGGCAAUGUGUCACCAGCGGAUGGGGGUCCACCCAGCACUCCCUCACCUGCUGACCCAGAGAGGCUCUGGGGAAGGCAAGGACUCGGGGACCCUUACCCACAGGUCAGCUCCUAGGAAAGUUGCUGGGGCCAGGAGCCUGGGGCACACUGAGAAGCCAGCCUCCACUGCCACCACCUCGGCCCCUGGAAAGGGGAAGAAAGGCAAGGCGAAAAGUGCCACAGCCCUGGUCAACCCCAAUCUCCGGAAGUGGGAGCCCCCCAGCACCAGGAUGGGCUGCAUUUUCACCAUGACCUUUGCUAGUGGGGACAGGCAACCCCACCCCUUGAACAGAUUGCCAUUGAGUCUGAAGAACCCCCAGGCCCUGGCCCCUUACCACUUCCCCAGCCUCCACACCAAGGCCCGGCUGUCUUCUCCCCAUGUGCUCCGAUCCCAGGGGCGGGUCCUCAGACUGCAACACAGCAAGUUGGUGGGCUCUAAGGCCCUGUCGACGACAGGCAAGGCCUUGAUGACUCUACCUACUGCCAAGGUUUUGAUUUCCUUCCCACCUAACCCUGAGCUCAAGUUGGCAUCCAGCGUCCUGAAACCAAGAAAGCGCCUUCGUGGUUCCCAUCCUGGAGGUGCCUGUGGCCUCUACCCUUCGAAGUUGGAAAUCUUCCUAGCACCCACAGGAAGGUCAAGGCCAAAGGCAAGUUCAAGACCAGACUCUGUGACAAACCCAAGGCUGAGGCAUGCCUCAUGAAGACACUGAGCCUUCCAGGACCCCCGCCCUUUAUCAAUGCAUACCAGGGGCUAGGGGGCAUAGGGGACGUGAGGCUAGAAAAGCCCUUGCUUCAGUCCUCACUGCCCCUAUCCUGGAUGCAACGCCAAAUAAAAAGGAGCAAGUGAAGUA